CGCAGCGUCCUAGAUAAACAUGGCGGACUUUGAAAAGAAAAUUAGACUCGUGAAUGAAAUAAAGUUAGUUUUGACAACCAUUAACAAAUUAAGGGGCACUGAAUUUAGAAUUUUGAAACCAGCUCAGUUUCUGUGUAUCAGAGAAGCGUUGAUUCGGGACACAUUAGCCGUUCUACCAACAGGAUAUGGAAAAUCAUUAAUAUUUGAGACACUGCCGUAUUUCAGAAAUUCAUCUAUUCUGGUAAUUUCUCCGCUGAAUUCUAUCAUAGAGGAACAGUUAGUACGCUAUGGAGAUAAAGCUGUACAUUUGAACUCAGAUAUUGUACGUUGCUUAAAAACUGGUGUAUUAUCUGAGGACUGUCAAGCUGACAUUGAAAAAUUGAAAAGUUGCAAUUUUUCAUACAUCUUGGGUCACCCAGAACAAUUUAUUGAUAAAGCCGUGUUUGGACUUUUUAAGUCAGAGAAAUGGCAGAGUAAAAUCUCACAUAUAGUUGUGGAUGAAGCACACUGUGUAGUUCAAUGGGGUCAUGGAUUCAGGGAAAAAUUCACUGAACUUGUAAAACUGAGGUCAAUGUUUCCAAAUGCAAGAAUGUUGGCUUUGACUGCAACUGCUACAACCAAAAUGCAAAAUGAAAUAAGAAAACAGCUUGGAAUGAAGAGCGCAUUGACUGUCCAAUCAUCAAUGGACCGACCAAACAUAAAAUUGACAUUGGUCAAAAGACCAGCUGGAUGUGGUGGAAAAAACACUGUCCAGGAAUCAUAUGAUUUUAUCUAUCAACCAUUAGUUGAUGAACUACGGGCAGACAAGUCAAGUUUUGAAAGGACAAUAGUUUAUUCGAAAAUAAAUUGGUGUGGCUAUGGUUAUGAGGAAGUGGUCAGGCCAUUGAAAAAUGGAGACAAAGAGGACAAUAUUGAGAAAUGUGUUGCCCAGUUUCACAGCCCAUGUACAUCAGAGAUGAAGAGCAAAGUUUUGAGUGACAUGGCAAGUCCUGGAAGUGACCUUAAACUGCUUUUUGCAACGGAAGCAUUUAGUAUGGGUACAGAUUCACCAAAUGUUAGAAGGGUUAUUCAUGCUGGAGUUCCAAAAACACUAGAAAUAUACAUACAAGAAAUAGGCAGAGCUGGAAGAGAUGGUAAAUCAUCAACAGCUAUUUUGUACUAUAACAAAUCUGAUAUUUCACAAGCUGUUCCUGGUAUGACAGAUGGAAUGAGAGAUUAUUGCAAUUCAAAAACUUGUCGACGUGCCUAUUUAUGUGAACAUUUUGGUUGUGAAUUCAGUGAAAUGAAUUUCAAGCAUGAAUGUUGUGAUUUAUGUGAAAUGGAAUGCACAUGUAAUCAGUGUUCUGAAACAAAAAGUGAAAUUCCAAGUGAAAUGGAACAAAGAGACAAUAUCAUUGAUGUGCCACAAUCUGCUACUGAUGUUGGAGCCAAAAAGAAUAUUUGA